AUGUCUUUUCGCAGCGAAGCUGUCAACUGGCUUGACUUUGAUGAGCUGCAAGCUCUCGGUCUCCCCUGUGAUCCCAUCAAUCUGACCAGAAAUUUCGACGUCCAUAGAUAUGCAAGCGAGACCUGGGGGGUGAAUGGUGCUGACUGGGUUGGCUUCACCGGUCCCGGUGUCAUGAUCAUGCACAACAUAGCAAGGGCGCCACAUUCUCUAUCUCCUCCGAUGUCGGAAGUGACAAAGGCUGUCUCCGAGAGAACCUUUGACAUCAAUGGUCUUCGAUACGUCAUCAUUAAGAACAUUAUGAACGAGCAGACUUCCAGGUUGAUUAAAGAUCUUCUCUAUACGUCAGAGAGGGGUGUUCCAUGGCCCGGGGAACAUGGACAACGGGAUACUUGGGAAUGGAACACUUCUGAAUAUAAGGCUCUACUAGGGACUCGCUUUGGCAAACUAGUGGCAUAUCUUGUUCUGGGCUCAUACCAGCGUGGAAGAAAGAGAAUCCCACGUAUUGUAGCUUACAGAAUUGGGAACUCGCAAUGGCCUCAAAUGCGGUUUGAUAUCGAGGAUACACCGGCAAGGUAG